UUUAAUUGCGCUUCGUGCACUCGUGCGGAUUGCUGUACGUUGGUGGGGCUUUGGCGGGCCUUGACUUAGCUUCGACCCCCUGUGCAGCCGCCGAGACACGCUUUGCGCGAAGACCUAUUGCACGGUUGUGGAAGGUGUGUGCGAAGUGCGGGCGGCGCUUGCUCGGCGACGGGCAGCGCUGCCUGCAGGUGGUCGUACCAUGGGGGGGGGGGGGGCUCACGUGCUCACCAAGUCCAAGUGUGCAACCACUGCGGGAGUGCGGGACGGUGUGGGUGUCUGGGGACGUGACGUCAACUCCGCAACCAACAUCCGGCACGCGCUGGUGGAGAUGCUGCUGGGGCACAAGCGACCUGUAUCUGGCGGCGGCGGCGGCGGCGGCGGCAGCAGCAGCGGGGGCGCGUGCGAGCAUCUUGGUAGCGGAGGGGGCGGGAAAGGCCACGUGGAGGAGGAGAGCGCAGCGCCGCCCAAGAAGCGGCGCAAGCGCGCAGGCUGGCUCGUGAACUGCGUCAGCAGGUCCCUCUUGUAACCAAUGCAACCUUCUGGCUGGCAGGGCUGGCAGCGUGCAGUGCCGCGUGCGUUUGGCCGUUUGGAGGGUUGUGCAAGUCCGCUACGAUUUUAUAGUAUAUAUAUUACGUGAGACACUUAACUUACAUCUGAGACAGCGAGGAAUGCGUAAAGUUACCACUGGGAAAAUCACGAAGUAUCUGGGAAAUGAAAUUGUAACUGACUCGACUCUCAUGAGAUCAAUUCUCGAGGAAAGCGAUUAUUUUGACAAUGUUGCUCUUGGCCGUGGGGUAAAGUGCCAGAUUGCUGCACGCCGGGCUGCCGUGUGGAUGCGCAUGCUACCGUCAGAGGCCGUGUUGUGGUGCCUGUUUUGAUGUGCUCCUCGGCGCCUCUCCUCGUGGCACCUGGUCAGCCGUCGUUUCUGCCGGCGGACUUGCUGGCUCUGCAGAUAGUUAGGAUACGGGUGCCGUUGUGAUCUAGGACAAGUAAGAGGAGAGGGGAUGCAAGACGAAUCCCCAUUGUGAUGGCUGAAAUCCCGACUAUCCCGACCCGCAAACCCCACAAGGCUAGGCAGGGCAGAAGUCGCAGAACAUGUGCGCAGAAAGUUUGCUAGUGCGCAGUCCUCACGCUCCGGGCGCCCGGCCAGGCGAAAGCACCACACAGACAGUAUGCGACGCCUCACCGCGCGCGAUGCUGAGUGGUAGCGCACCUGCAAACAGGCGACUGACGGGAUACGGGUGCCGUUCGUAGCAUGCCGGUUCAGGGACCGGUAGGCGAGUAGGUUGUGCUGGUCGGGUAGUCCCGGGUGUCGGGUUGUGAAUGCCCGGGCUGCUGUUGCCCGGGCGCCCGGGCGGCUGGUGGGCCUGUUCGCCUCGGGGCGCGCGCGUGGCCUGUUUGGUGGGUCGGUCUAGUCCGCUGGUGGGGCGGGUGGAGGGCGGUGUGCAAGUGGCGAGGUGUUGUGGUGUGCUGGUAGUAAAGUUCCGGCUCGGUCUGGCUCGGUUCCCUUUGUGGUGCCUCGGCACAGACGUUUCCAGACGUGGGCCUUCGGGCCAAGACAUUGCGCGUCUCUGCCAGCCAUCGUCUCGGACGAGAGAUAAUGUGUCGGGCCAAGACAUUGCGCGUCUCAUGCCAGCCAUCGUCUCGGACGAGAGAUAAUGUGUGGUGCUUGCGUUUGAUGGGGAUGUCGGCAGACCUCUGGCCUGUCGCGCCUUGUUGUGCGUGGGUGCUGCCGCCAAAAGACCUAAACGAGAUGAGGGGUGUUACGUGGCGGUGGGGCUUUGGCGGGCUUCGGCUUAGCUUCGAUUCAUGUGCGUAACACAAUGAAGGGCGGCAGCCAACCAGGGGGCGGGUGUUGUUCCUCUGGGUCGCAGAUGGCCCCUCGUGGCGUGGGUACGGCGUGCCCCCGCUUGUCGGGCUGUCCCUUCACUUGGAAUCCGCAUUGUAGGCGUAAACAAUAUUUACAUAAUUAGAUAUAAUGACAUGACUUGCGAACAGACAGUUUGAGCAGAUUAAAUCGAGCUGUCGGAGAGUGCGGCACCAUGAGUGUUUGCGUGUCUAGUGCUCUACGACGGCCACUUAGAACCCCUGCGUAGCAAGCCUCGAGUUCUGCGAGGUGUUCAACGGCCUUGUCUAUUGUCAACGUCUAUGACGAAGCCGAGUUGCAACGUAGCAGUCAGGCUGGUGCACGUCACUGGGCCCUGUGUGUGUCUGGUUUGGAGCUGACUGGGCCUCGAUGCGUCACCAAGGGCCACCGCCAGGGGUAGCCACAUCAUACCUGAAGUUCAGACCAUAAGGAGUUGUGGAUGGAAGAGUUGCUACGUGGCCACUGUCGUACCUGCAGCCGCCGGGGGAGUACUUAGGUCGACCGGCCAGUUAGUUUGAGUAACCCGUGCCCGCGGCAGAGCCCUUCUCUCCCGGCCUUUCGGUAAUCAAGGUUGAGGCCAGGCGGUAAGCCCCACCCUGCGGCGAUAAGCCCUGAGCUCUCGUCAAGAUCAAGACUCUGCCCUGUAACCCUCAAGAUCU